CGUUAAUACUGCGACGCCAGAUCGAUCUCAACCCUAGUCUUUCUCCCUAACCCCCUCUCUGCUCCCCCACUCCCUCCCUCUUCUCCUUCGAUAUCGGACCUCCUCUUCUCAUUAUUUUUUCUCCUUGAUUCCACCGUCGUCAUCGCCGCGGUUUCCGCUUUCUGCGUCCCCUCAGGUGGCCCCGGAGUCCGGCAACAAGGCAUCCGGCUCCUCUCCCUCCUUCCAUUUGACUUCCUGUGAACCCGCGUUUGCUCUUCAUGGCGAUCUAGAGGAGGACUGGUUCGAACUCACAUAAUAAAGUCAAAACAGAUGUUGAAUUGUGAAUAUUGUAAGCUACGAUAGAAUGGAUCCUGAGAGCAAGAAGUUUGGAAGAGGACCUAGGGAGCUUACAGGUGCUGCUGAUUUGAUUAACCGCUACAAGCUGUCAGCACACCAUGAUUUCUUUUGCAAAAGAAUUCUUCCUUUGUCAAUUUCAGACACACAUUAUCUCCACAAUGUUGUAGGAGACACAGAAAUCCGAAAGGGAGAAGGCAUGGAGCUGGGUCAGCUCUUUCAGAGUGCUCCAUACCUGAGAGAGACAACAGCUCAGAUUCAACAAUUCAACUUGGAUCUACUAGGGCAAGCAUUUGAGCUGCGAGAUACUGCACCUAUUGACUUGCCUUUGUCAGAAAAAGGAACACCAACCAUUCCUGGGAAAUCUAAAGGAGAUUCUAAAGACAAGGGGAGGAAGCACAAAAAACACAAGGUCAAAGAUAGAGAAAAGGACAAGGAGCAUAAGAAGCACAAACGUCGACAUAAAGAUCGGAGUAAAGAUAAAGACCGAGAGAAAAAGAAGGAUAAAAGUGGACAUCAUGAUUCUGGUGGUGAUCAUUCAAAGAAACAUCAUGAGAAGAAGAGGAAACAUGAUGGUAAUGAAGAUUCAGUAGAUAAUCACAAACACAAGAAAAGUAAGGUAGUAGGCAUGCAUAAGAGUCUAAAGAUUGAAGAAGUGGGAGGGAUAAAGGUUUCAAGCUGAUAGAAGUUGACUACUUGUUGUCUGUCUUCAUUGUCUCACUAUCAAGCAUGCUGUUGGAGAAGAUUAGUUCGAAGGAUUUCUUAUCUUGCACCAGAAUUCUUUGAGGUAAUCUGCUUCUUGUCGUCGUGAUAACAUGGCCAGACUACCCCUUUUUGAUCAAUUAAUUCUUAAAUUGUCUGAUAUAAUUUGUUAUGAUGAACUGAUCUGAUUUCUGUGUCAUGAAUGUACUUUAUGUCCAUAAAUGGCUAUAUAAAUUAGGCUUGCCACCAUUGUUGUGGCAUGUUGCUGGAAUCAUAGAAUCAUUAUUUUUAGUCUUUUUGGUAUCAUUGAAUAUGUCUGUACUCUUUGGCACUUAGGCUUAAAUCUACCACUCUUUGUCUCUAUGUUCUGAGUUAAAAGUUCAAAAAAGAAAAUAAAAAGCUGAAAUUAUGCAAUCAUACGCAUACAUAUUAAUGAACUAGUUGAAAUAGCCCUCUAGAAACUGCCACUAAUCAUUUUGUGGUCAGGAACUCCAUCGUUCAAGGAUUGCCAUUCUGUGUGAUACCUUUUUGGCACGGGCAGAAAAAAAAAGGUCUACUCAUAUGUCUGCACCUCAAUGUUACGUCAACACCUUGGCAUGGGUCAGCAUCGUGCACACGAAUUCUUUUCUGGCGUGGUGCGUUCCAUUCUCACAUUGGUCGGAACAACAAGCUUUGCCAGUGAUCACACUUUAAUAUUUAUAUGAGUGUUUUUCUUAAAGUAACUUUGCAUUUUGGUUUCUGGGUGAAGAUGCAAGUUUUUGUAUCAUCGCUUUUUCAUCUAACUUUCUUCUUAACUUGGUGCAUCACCUGGCAUGUUCUCUGUAGUUCAUGAAUUGUUCUGUGUAUUUUGUGAUGGCUUGACACGUUUGUAAUUUCAUUGGAUUCCAAGUCCAAAUGUUACGAUUGAUAAUUUUUCCAAACUACCAAAGGAGCAAUGCUACAUGCACAAGAUUCAGAUCUUGAACAAAACUGAGAUAAACCGUUUUUUUGGAAGGUUAUUAAUUACCAGGAAUGCUCCUGCAAUUUUGUACUUGUGAUCUAAGAUGCACAUGCAAUCUGCAUGUCACAACAUUUAUACUUUUAAUGUAUUAAGUUAUUUUUGUUGAUACAUCAUAACUAUUUAAAGACAAAUGAGAUCCAUAAUCCAUAUUACAUGUUCCAACUUCCAACCCUAGAUUUUAUUCAAGAAAAAAAUAAUAACUAUAAAGACACCAAAUAACAAGACAAAAUUAAUGAGUUAAGAGUUAUUGGGUUCUCUAUCACAAUUGGCUUUUUCUAAACUAAAUUUAUAGCUCAUGGCUCAGCAACUUUAAAUAUUUUAUAUGUUGGAGCUAGUGAUUUAACCAAAAUGUUUCUGUAGCAAGUCACAGUUCACAAUAAUGAACCAAUUAGCUAGAACACCCACAUGUUAAACCUCACUUGUACUGUAGCCUAAAACGUUUCACUUUUCAGUAGGUUAGCAGUAAUAUUGGGAUAUUUUAGUCCCUUUAUGAGGAAGAUCAUGAUGUGAUGUAUAUUCUACAAGUAAAUGUGGUCUUUAAGGCAUAGAAUUCUCUUCCUUUAGUUGAUUUUGUGGUUAUUAAAAAAUAGUUCUGAAGUUGAAAAUAAAGGUAAUUCUUGUAUUAUUGCAAUUAUUUGUCAUAAUUAGUUUGUUUGUACAUGUACAGUGAAUUCAUUUCCAAAUGACAAUCAAUUUGUUAUUAUCUGGAGUGGUGGAUCAUUUUCUUUUAAAAAUAUUAGGUGUAACUUCAGUCUUCAUCUGUAGGUGAUGAGAAAUUUACACUACGUAUAUAUGGUUUAAUAUGCAUGAGAAAAGAACAAUAUCUGCUUGAUGCAACAGGGAGCAGGGAGGUGUCGUAGUUUGAACCCGACGAAGAUGAUGAUUGACGAUAUAUUCACUUAACUUUUUUGUAUCAUGUGGAUCUAUAUAAGCAUGUUAACUUUUGUCUAUGGCUGCUAUUUCUUCAUUAGUUUAUCCUGGCAUAUAUUAUGUUAUUGUUUUCUCCA